AGCCCGGAAGUGCUUAGUGUGUCACACUGAAAGCGCCCCGGCCGACUCUUCAAUGGAGUGUGUGUCCGCCGCAAGUUAGAAGCCAGAAAACAAACCCUGGAUUUAUAUUCAUGUAUCUACGAGCAAAGUCCACAAUAAAGCAGUGCAGCAGGAAGGAUGUCGGAGGUGGGCAACCAGUCCUGCCUGACGGGAGCAGAAGACACCAUCUCCUUCCUGGUGUGUGUGCUCCACGUGUGUGAAGAGUGGGCGGGUGUGGGCCAGGUGGAGGACUACCUGAGCGUGUUGGAGUACCUGCUGUGGGUCUUCACCCCUCUGGCCGUGGUCUUCAUCUUGCCCUUCCUCAUCGUCAUCCUCCUCUACCUCUCCAUACUCUUCCUUCACGUCUACAAGAGGAAGAACCAGCUGCGGGAGGCCUACUGCAACAACCUGUGGGACGGCGCAAGGAAGACUCUGGCCACUCUGUGGGACGGCCACGGAGCGAUAUGGCACGGCUACGAGAUCCACGGCAUGGAGAAGAUCCCGGACAAGGGAGCGGCGCUGAUCGUGUACUACCACGGAGCCAUCCCCAUAGACUACUACUACUUCCUGGCCAACGUCAUCAUCCAGAAGGGGCGCACCUGUCACUCUGUGGCCGACCACUUCCUCUUCAAAGUGCCAGGCUUCAAGCUGCUGCUGGAGGUGUUCAGUGUGAUGCACGGCCCCCAGCAGGAGUGCGUGCAGGCCCUGAGGAGGGGCCACCUGCUGGGCAUCUCCCCUGGAGGCCUGAGGGAGGCGCUCUUCAGUGAUGAGACCUACCCGCUUCUCUGGGGCAAACGCAGGGGCUUUGCCCAGGUGGCCAUCGACGCCCAGGUGACCAUUAUUCCCAUGUUUACCCAGAAUCUGCGAGAAGGCUUCAGGUCCAUGGGCACACUCAGAUUCUUCCGCUGGUUGUACGAGAGGUUUCGUCUUCCCGUAGCCCCCGUCUACGGUGGAUUUCCAGUGAAGUUCCGGACGUUCCUUGGCGAUCCGAUCCCGUAUGACCCGGACAUAACGGCAAAUGAGCUGGCAGAAAAAGUGAAACAGUCGGUCCAGGGUCUGAUAGACCAGCACCAGCAAAUCCCAGGCAACAUCCUGAGAGCUCUUCUGGAGAGGUUCCACAGCAAGUACAAAGACAAGUAACUCCUUUUAAGUCCUGAAGGAGCAGGACACAGCAGGUCCGAGGACAAUAAGGAAGUACUGGUCAGGGGCUGCAGGUCAGGCACUGGACCUGCACCGGUGUGGACUUGGAAUCCUCAAUUAAAAGCACCGGUGUCAGACUCGAGGCCCGUCACGCUAUUUAAUGUGGUCUGCCACGUCAUUUAAUGUGGCCCCUCACAUCAUUUUAGGUGGUCUGCCACCUCAUUUAAAGUGGUCUGCCAGGACAUUUUAAGUGGCCCGUCACAUCAUUUAAAGUGGUCUGCCACAUCAUUUAAGGUAGCCUGCCACAUCAUUUAAUGUGGUCUGCCACCUCAUUUAAAGUGGUCUGCCACGACAUUUUAUGUGGCUCGUCACAUAGUUUAAUGUGGUCUGCCACCUCAUUUAAAGUGGUCUGCCACGACAUUUUAUGUGGCCCGUCACAUCAUUUAAUAUGGUCUGCCACAUCAUUUAAGGUAGCCUGCCAAUUCAUUAAUGUGGUUUGCCACCUCAUUUAAAGUGGCCCGUCACAUAGUUUAAUGUGGUCUGCCACCUCAUUUAAAGUGGUCUGCCACGACAUUUUAUGUGGCCCGUCACAUCAUUUAAUAUGGUCUGCCACCUCAUUUAAAGUGGUCUGCCACGACAUUUUAUGUGGCCCGUCACAUAGUUUAAUGUGGUCUGCCACCUCAUUUAAAGUGGUCUGCCACGACAUUUUAUGUGGCCCGUCACAUCAUUUAACAUGGUCUGCCACAUCAUUUAAGGUAGCCUGCCAAUUCAUUAAUGUGGUUUGCCACCUCAUUUAAAGUGGUCUGCCACGACAUUUUAUGUGGCCCGUCACAUCAUUUAAUAUGGUCUGCCACAUCAUUUAAGGUAGCCUGCCAAUUCAUUAAUGUGGUUUACCACCUCAUUUAAAAUGGUCUGCCACGACAUUCAAUGUGGCCCGUGACAUCAUUUAAAGUGAUCUGCCACAUAUUUACUGUGGCCUGCCACAUCAUUUAACUUGGUUUGCCAACUCAUUUAUUGUGGUCUUCCACGUCAUUUAAUUUGGCCUGUCAUAUAAUUUACUGUGGUCUUCCACGUCAUUUAAGGUGGCCUGCUACAUAAUUUUUUGGGCCUGCCAAAUUAUUAAAUUGGCCUGCCACAUAAUCUAAAUUGGCCCGUCACAUCAUUUAAUGUGACCUGCCACAUCAUUUAAGAUGGCCCGUGACGUCAUUUAAAGUGGCCUCCCACUUUAUCUAAGAUGGUCUGCCACAGAAUUUAAUGUGGUCUGCCACAUCAUUCAAUGUGGUCUGUCACAUUAUUUAAUGUGUUCUGUCACACAUUUUAAGGUGGCCUAUCAUAUCAUUAAUUGUGGCCUGUCACAUCAUUUAACGUGAUCUGCAAUGUCAUUUAAAAUGGCCUGCCGCUUCAUUUAAGGUGGUGUCCUGCCACGUCACUUAAUGUGGCCCGUUGCAUCAUUAUAGUGGACUGCCACUUCAUUUACGGUGGCCUUGUAAGGGCAGCCAUAACUGGGAUGAAUACAAAUCCAGUGUGUUCAGUUGGUGUUGUUGAAGUGGGACUUGACCCUGAUCAUUGUGUAAUUUGGUAGUACUGCACUUACUACCCUGAUGAUUAGAUAACUUGGUAGUACUGCACUUACUACCCUGAUCAUUGUGUAACUUGGUAGUACUGCACUUACUACCCUGAUGAUUGUGUAACUUCAUACAUGUUUAUGCUAGCUUGAUGCUAACUGAGACUAGUUGUUAGCAAGUACUUGGUACUUCAUUUGUUCCCAGUACAGCAUGUGAUGUAGUACUUGUUGUUGGCACGUACUACAUCACAUGUUUCUUGUACUUCUAGUUUUUGUAGUGUACUUGGAGUUGAAUUACAUUUGUACUACUAGUACUUGUGUACUUGUAGUUUUUGUAGUCGUAGUAGGGUAUUGUAGUUUUUUGUUGUUGUAGUAGUUUUUGUAGUUGUAUUGUAUUAAGGUUGUAGUAUAUCGUAUUUUUGUAGUGUAUUGUAGUUUUUUUGUAGUUGUAGUGUAUUGUAAUUUUUUGGUAGUUGUAGUCUACCGUUGUCUGUUGUGGUUGUAGUAUGGUAUCAUAGUUUCUUGUAGUUGUAGUAGUUUAUUGUAGUUGUAGUAAUCCCAUGUCAAUAGUUGAGGUGUUGCUUGCCAAACAUGUUGUUUAUUCCAGUCCUUUGCAGGUCUGUCCUAGUCCUGUGCAGGUCUACAGUCUUGUGCAGGUCUGUCCUAGUCCUGUGCAGGUCUACAGUCUUGUGCAGGUCUGUCCUAGUCCUGUGCAGGUCUACAGUCUUGUGCAGGUCUGUCCUAGUCCUGUGCAGGUCUACAGUCUUGUGCAGGUCUGUCCUAGUCCUGUGCAGGUCUACAGUCUUGCCCAUGUGUGUUUGCUGGACAUAAUGAAGUACUUCCUUAAAGGUGCAGUCUCAAUUAGCAUCAAGUUAGCAUAUUGAAUGUUUGGUAUAAAAGUGCUUUUGAAGAACUGAGUGCAUUUUUAGUGUAGUUCUAUUUAUAUCUCAUGUGACUUUUAAUCACAGGAUCUUAUAUUGCACUCAAAUGUCAUUUGAAUAAAACUAUUUUUUUAAUAUCUUU